AUCUUCAUCAGCUGUUCUUCGUUAGAGAAAAACAGAGGGACAGGAUUGGACACGUCCACCCUAGGAAACCCUCCAGACCAUCUUGUUUCUUUUCUCAGACCUAAUUGAUUCCUACCCAUUUCCCCUUCGAAAGCUGCGACGAACAGGGGUACCCCACUUAGAGUUUCACCGAUCUGACCUAUUUUUCAAGCUACAGGUUGCAUAAAAUGGGUCUUCUUAGUAUAAUCAGAAAGAUCAAGAGAAAAGAGAAAGAAAUGCGGAUACUCAUGGUUGGCCUUGAUAACUCUGGAAAGACAACUAUUGUCCUUAAAAUCAAUGGGGAAGACACCAGUGUCAUCAGCCCCACACUUGGUUUCAACAUCAAAACCAUCACUUAUGAUAAAUAUACCCUUAAUAUAUGGGAUGUUGGAGGGCAGAAGACAAUAAGAUCUUACUGGAGGAAUUACUUUGAGCAGACAGAUGGCUUAGUAUGGGUUAUUGAUAGUUCUGAUGUAAGACGACUAGAUGACUGCAAAUUUGAGUUGCAUAAUCUGCUCAAGGAAGAGAGAUUAUCGGGAUCAUCACUUCUAAUUUUUGCCAAUAAACAAGAUAUUCGAGGAGCUCUUUCACCCGAUGAGAUAGCCAAGGUGCUUGACCUGAAAGCAAUGGAUAAGAGCCGACAUUGGAAGAUUGUAGGCUGUAGUGCAUACACAGGGGAAGGACUUCUUGAGGGCUUUGAUUGGCUUGUUCAAGACGUGGCCUCGCGUAUCUAUUUGCUUGACUGACUGUAAGCCAUUCUCUUCCAACUCUCCAGGUUUGUCAUGUUUUAUUUCAGAGUUACUUUCUGGAAUAUUUUCAGACAUGGUUAUGUAGCAACAACAUAUUUUUAUUUCCUUUCUUAUUCUAGUGGUAUGAUAUUUGGUUUCAUUUUAGAAUAAAUAUUAUUUUAUGA